AACGCUGUUUUAGGUUCAGGGGUCAGAUUUAGGACUGAGGUGUGAAUUGAGUUUUGGAUACGGUUAGAAUUAGGGUAAGGUUUAGGUUGUAGAAAUGAAUGGAAGUCAAUGGAAAGUCCCCACAAAGCUAGCUACGCCAACGUGUGUGUGUGUGUCAAUGUGUGUGUGUGUGUGUGUUGGGGUCGCACCCAGCAGAGGGGGAGUGUUUAUUGGGCGAGCGUCGUCUCCUCGUCGUUCGCUUCAGAUUAAAGCAGACACCCUGAGGAGCAACAUGUGUCAGUUUCUCUGUGUGUGUCAGAGUGUGUGUUAAUGUGUGUGUGUCAGAGUGUGUGUGUCAGAGUGUGUGUUAAUGUGUGUGUGUCAGAGUGUGUGUUAAUGUGUGUGUGUCAGAGUGUGUGUUAAUGUGCAUUAAACAGGGAGCAAACAAUCUGGCCGGCGGCUGCAGAUCCAGGAGGUUUUCACAGCAACAGGAAGGAGAAACUCAGCUCAAGAGGCCGUGCUCUUCCCUGGAAUCUCUGGAAAAGUGAUCUGCUCCUUGUUUUCCUGCCUGACAGUCGGCAGUGUGGGCACAGUGAUCCGGACCUCCGUCACCACGGCAACAAGACUGAAGGAAACAGAGAGCGGGAAGAAGAAGAGGAGGAAGAAGAACAGGACGGCCUCUAGCUGCAGCCAACAUGUCGGCGAUCCGAGGUGUGGGCGUCCUGCUGCUGCUGAGCUGCAUGCGCCUCAUGCUCUUAGCCCCGCCCCCUAGUGCAGGUGAAGGAAGCAACUGCAGCUGCAACGCUACCAACAGCCGCUGUGAUGAGUUCGGAGUCUGCAGGUGUGAUCCAGGCUGGGACGGCGAGCUGUGCCAGCGCUGCGUGACGAUGCCGGGUUGCGUUCACGGCUCCUGCUUGCAGCCGUGGCAGUGCGCGUGUCAGCCGGGCUGGGGCGGCCGGUUCUGCGACAAAGACCUCAGCGUGUGCUCCCAGCAGCCCUGCCUCAACGGCGCCACCUGUCUGCUGGAGGACAGCGGAGACUUCCGCUGCUUGUGUCCUGACGGUUUUCAUGGUCCGACCUGCCGGAGGAGGAAGGGGCCGUGCCUCCAGAGAAGGUCCCCAUGUAAAAAUGGUGGCCUGUGUGACGACGCUGACGGGUUUGCGGCAGAGCUGGUGUGCCGCUGCCUCGCUGGAUUCACGGGGCCCCGCUGUGAGACCGACAUCGACGACUGCUUGAUGGGGCCUUGUGCCAGCGGCGCCACCUGUGUGGAUGGAGUGAACCGGUUCUCCUGCCUCUGCCCGGUCGGGUUCUCGGGUCGGUUCUGCACGGUCAACAUGGAUGACUGCGCCAGCCAGCCCUGCCGAAACGGCGGCCGCUGCCUCGACCGCGCCGGAGGCUUCCGCUGCCUCUGCCAGCCGGGAUUCACCGGAACCACCUGUGAAAAGCCGCCGAGCCCUGUCAGCGCCAGCCCGCCGGUCUGGACCACGCGGGCCCGGGACACUGGUCACCAUGACAACAGGAAGGUAAAGGUGACGGUGAAGGAGCGCGGCGCCGGCGGACUGUCGGACCUGCAGCUAGUCGUCGUGUUGGUUCUGACGAGCGUGUCUGUUGGCGUGGUGGCGCUGACCGCAGCUCUGGUCCUCCACGCCCCCUGCCAACGCCGUGGCCACGCCCCCUGCUGGUUGUCCCUAUCGCCGCGCAGCAGGCGGGAGCCGGGCGACCAGCCGGAGCAUCGGAUCAGCUUCCUGAAUGCAGCAGAACCACAGAAAAAGAAACUCAACAUAGAGGUUGUUUAGAGGAGGUCAGAGGUCACAAAUCCACCUGCACUAUGACGUCAUACGUUGAUCAACUGGUUUGCAGUAUGGAACCGGACCUGACCGGAUCAGAAUUCGCACUCAGGAAGGCCAUGACUCUGGAUGGAUCCGGAUCGGUGAACUGAGUCAGGUGGAAGUUCUGGUUCCUAGAACCGGGUUUGGAUCGACUCCCCGUCUGUUUUCACUCUGAGCCCGGAACCAGAACCGGCUGCAAACCAAACUGUUCUGUAAAUACUGUAAGAUAUUCUAUUUAUUGCUUCUUGUAUAGAUUUUAUUCGACCCGCCGGACCCCGGUGGUCCAGCAGGGGGCGCCGACAGUCAGACAUUAAGUUUGAGUUCAUUUCGAUGUUUUCUAUUCAUUUAUAAAUGUCACCAUUUCAAACUAAAUAUCACUAGCUUACAAAAUAAAAGUUUAGUUAGCACGUUUGCUAACUAAACUUUUACACUGUGGCAUUUAUAAAAUAUAUGACUGAAGGAUGAGCUUGUUUUUCUCUGACCGGCUGAAUGAGUCAUCAGAACUUUGCUCUGAAUUAAACCAGAACCGAUCCGAUCCGGUCCGCCUUCAAUAAAUCUGUUUCACUCUGUUCUGUUUCUGGACCUGCUGAGCAGAAAUAACCAAUCAGAGCCGUCCUUACUGAGGCGUAAACUGUUUUUAUUGUGACA